AUGCAUAUUGAGAAAAAUGUGCUUGACAAUGUCAUACUGACAUUGUUAGACAUUCCCGACAAGACUAGAGAUCACCUAAGUGCUCAUCUGAACUUGGUAGAACUUCAAAUUAUGACGUUGAAGAAAGAAAAAUCACAGGAGAACAAGAUUAAAUAUCGAGAGCGAUUACAAGCUUCUAUUAAAUGUUUGAAGUGGCUUUUACUUCAAGGUUUGCCUGCUCGUGGACAUAAGGAAAAUGAAACUUCUUCUAAUAGAGGUAACUUUGUUGAACUUCUGAAAUUUCUUGCCUCAGAAAAAGAAGAUGUUGCUAAAGUUGUUUUAGAUAAUGCACCCGGUAACUGCCAAAUGACAGCUCCUUCAAUUCAGAAGGAUAUUAUUAAUGCUUGUGCAACUGAGACAACUAAAGCAAUUAUGAAAGAACUUGAUGGUGAUUUUUUUACUAUUCUUGCUGAUGAGUCUGCGGAUAUAUCUGAUAAAGAACAAUUGGCUCUGUGUCUGCGAUAUAUUAAUAAAAGAGGUGAGGUUAUGGAGCGCUUUCUCGGUGUCGUACAUGUUGCCAAUACCACAUCUUUGACACUGAAAGAGGCAAUUGAGUCACUUCUAAUGGAGCAUUCUCUCAGUUUUUCUAGAGUUCGAGGCCAAGGUUACGACGGUGCUAGUAAUAUGCAAGGUGCAAUUAAUGGCCUUAAAACUUUAAUUCUAAAUGAAUCUCCAUCUGCACAUUGUGUUCAUUGUUUUGCUCACCAACUUCAACUGACACUUAUUGCCGUCGCAAAGAAAAAUGCUGAUUGUGGGUGGCUUUUGUUGAUGUGCUUGCACCUUUAUUGA